GGGAAGGGGAACCGGAUGCCCAGAAACUGGAACCAGGAGGAAAUCCCUAGUUCCCCACGCGAUCCUCUUCCUCUAUAAAGCCUGGCCCCCGCGACACAGAUGCACCCAGUCGCGCACUGAGACCCCCACGCCAUCAUCGCCCAUCAACGCGCAGCUCGCGUAACAUUUGCAGGCCCUCGUCGCCCCUUGGAGGUUUCGGUUUGCCAUGGCGGACCAGCUCAGCGAGGAGCAGAUUGGCGAGUUCAAGGAGGCCUUCAGCCUCUUCGACAAGGACGGCGAUGGUAGCAUCACCACCAAGGAGCUUGGAACCGUGAUGCGCUCCCUCGGCCAGAACCCUACCGAGGCGGAGCUGCAGGACAUGAUCAACGAGGUGGAUGCGGACGGCAAUGGCACCAUCGACUUCCCAGAGUUCCUGAACCUGAUGGCCCGCAAGAUGAAGGACACCGACUCUGAGGAGGAGCUCAAGGAGGCGUUCCGCGUGUUUGACAAGGACCAGAACGGUUUCAUCUCUGCAGCGGAGCUCCGCCAGGUGAUGACCAACCUCGGGGAGAAGCUGUCGGAGGAGGAGGUGGAGGAGAUGGUCCGCGAGGCCGAUGUGGACGGCGAUGGCCAGAUCAACUACGACGAGUUCGUCAAGGUCAUGAUGGCCAAGAGAAGGGAGAAGAGGAUAGAGGAGAGGAGAGCGCCGUCGGCCAAGAAGAGCGCGGCAGGGGCAUCCGGUGCAAAGAGUGGCAGCAAAUGCAUAAUCCUCUAGCUGAAACCAUCGAACGUGAAUAGUGUGUGUGGUGCGCUGGUCCCCGCCCGACGCAUCUGAGCUGUUGUAUGUAUCAAUGUAUGUUCAUGUGUAUCCCGGUGUAUGAUGGCCAUCGGCCUACGACUGUAACCAUUCUCAAGGUAAACGAAUAAAAGUGCUCUCUGUUUGCAGAAAAAGAAGAAAGUGUAGAGACAAGGCGCGGCGGAGCUUGAGAGUUGAGACGUUAACCAUCACGGACAGGUCGAUAGAUUCCUCAAUUAUCAAAAAGAAAAAGAAAAACACGGACAGGUCGACGGAUCCACCGUUAGAUAUGGCGAAGCGCACGGCCGUCGGGUCUCGGCGUUGUGACUGGAGACUGGGCCUGUCUGCUGGGCCUUUGACGCCUACGCUGCUGUAACCACUUGAGCUGGCCCGGAAGGCCUCGCCCCCUUCGCCCUCAGGCACGGCGGGGGUCGCCUCGCCCCCGUUGCCGCCCACUUCGACACCACACCAGAGCACCGCCCCACGGCCAUCGAUCUGACAACAGCUUUGCUCUGCUGCAGCGAUGUGCUGCCCUAAUCUCCCGUACAGCUCGGGUUCCGAGGCGGAGGCGGAGGGGAGGAGGCGCAGGCGCUGCAGCUCGCCGACAAAUCGAGGAACUUCCCGUGGCGCGGACGGCGGGCGGGCGGGCGGCGAGAGUUAGAUGGAGUACCGGGCAAACGCUGGGAGGAUAUGGCAUGCAUUACCAGCGGUAGGAGGCUGGGCUCGGACUUGAAUCAUGGUGGCCAGGAUGAGAAGCAGCGCGAAGAUCCAUGUCAGCUUUGUACUUGCCGAGCAACUGAAGCUGGUCGCCAUUUGGUGUUGUUGGGUUCUUGCAAUGUCUGGAGGCAAGAGACAGACGGCUCGUGCAGUUAUAUGGCAGAGAAAGACAACUGACACGGUUCAGUAAUGAUUUUCUUUUACUAUUUUGGUUGACUAGGCCUCGGCGCUGGACUGACAAUGCUGAGAAAAACAGACCGUUGGGUUCCCGCGGUAGGUAAUUCUGGUGAAAGAACGGCAUGCAACUUGCAUUCAUCGAAAGAAAUGAGGGUGCAACUUGCCAUGGGAGUUCAAAUUUGCACGUCAA